AUGUAUAAAUAAUAAUCAAUUUUUCCAUUAUUAUUUGUUAUUGAUUUUCUCUCUACCUUUUAGGUGAAACUAUAGAAAAAGGUCCAAAUUACAAUCAAUUAAACUGUAAAAGACAAAAAUUUUGGUAAAAAUAUUGCUCCUUCAGUUAGAUCUAGGGGUAUUAGUUAUUAUUAUAAUAGGUUUGAAACAAAUGGCUAGCAGUUUUUAAGAUAGAAGUCUGUGGAUUAUAGUAAGACUAAUUAUUCAAUAUAGCCUAUUANUAUUUUCCUACUGUUGUUAUAGCUGUAUCGCAAAUUAAAUGAUUUUAAAGAGUCUAGCAACAUUUAUUGUUUGA